GUUAAAAUUGAUCUGUGGAGAAACGCAAGCGGGGGGAAGCCUGUCACUCCACCGCUGCGCCACAGCACGGCCAGCUUACGUUAUGGCACGGCGCACCCAACCAGCCCAACACAACCCUCCAGACGAGCACAACCAAAUCAUCAAAUCGUCGCAGCAUCCGUCCCGAAGACCUUACUCUAACACUCGCUGAACAUGACUCUCGGGGACGUCAUCACGGGACUGGGCCGCGGGGCAACCCGUGGUGUCCUGUCCGCCAAGCAGGGAAACAAGAACUACUACAAGGGAACGGGGUCAGGGAGAAUGGGGCGGUGGACGGCGAGAGGACGGUUCAUUCUGGAACCAUGGCGAUUCAGGCAGUGGAUGAUACCAAAGGACCUCUCCGAAUUUCAGCUCCACCCAUACAUAGACCAAGAAACCCCCUCGUCCGUCAAACGAGGGCACUCUUUCCGCGACUACUUCAGACCCCACGCUCUCCCCGAAACAUAUGACAAAGUAGUCGUCGAGGAAAGCAGGAAAUUGGCCAAUUUGGCGUCCAAGAAUAUUGCGCGAGCCAUGUUGAGGAAGAAGUGAAAAGAUGCCGACUGCCGAGAGAAU